AUGCAACUUCUAUUGCGAUGUGACCGACUUGACCCUUGCUCAUCUUGCAAACACCGCGGGCUGCCAGCUUGUACUUAUCCCGAGCCAAAACGUCUUGGCUCAGAUCGUGUGGCCAAAGAGAAAAAGCAAACAAAUGCUUCAAACUUGACAGACCGGAUUGGUCAUCUAGAGAGACUCAUCACAUCAUUUGUGGAGAAUUCCAACUCACCAACGGUGCUAAGCCAGAUUGAAACCGAUUUAUCGAAAGACCUUGGAAUCGAAGGAUCCCAAUUGGAGAAGAUUGAGCCCACCAAAUCCUUUGGCCAUAUCUCACUGCAGGGUAGCAAGGCCACAUACGUUGAUGACACCCAUUGGUCAGCAAUAUUAGACGAAGUAAGUCGACCUUCCUCAGUCCUAGUCUUGUUGAUUGACUGA